AAACACAUUGUGCGAGGCUGCGACACCAACGCCGCCGCCGUCGCCGCCCGUCGCCAUGUCCCCAUCCCUCCUGCUCUCCUCCUCCUCCUCUGCUUCUGCUUCUUCUUCUAGGUUACUCCGCUCGGCCCCGCCGCUACAGCGCCGUUGGUCUCUCGUCUCCUUCCCCACCCGCCGCAGCCGGCCCCUCCGCCUCCGCCUGGCCAGCGCAACAACCAACGGCUCUGCCGGUGCCGGGGAUGGCGCCUCCAAUCUGCCAAAGAACCGGAGGGAUAUUCUCCUGGAAUACAUAAGAAGUGUCCAGCCAGAAUUUAUGGAGCUCUUCAUAAAAAGAGCUCCGACGCAGGUUGUUGAUGCCAUGCGCCAUACAGUGACUAAUAUGAUUGGGACUCUGCCACCUCAAUUUUUUGCUGUAACUGUAACAACGGUUGCUGAAAAUCUGGCUCAGCUUAUGUACAGUGUUUUGAUGACUGGAUACAUGUUCAGGAAUGCACAGUACCGUCUGGAAUUGCAACAGAGUUUGGAGCAGAUCGCUCUUCCUGAACCGAAAGAAGAAAAGGGUUCAGAAGAUUACGCUCCUGGAACCCAGAAAAAGGUAAGUGGGGAAGUGAUCCGAUGGAACAAGUCCACUGGACCAGAAAAAAUUGAUGCUGUAAAAUAUAUAGAAUUGCUUGAGGCAGAAAUCGAUGAGCUGAGCCGUCAAGUCGCUAGGAAAUCAUCUCAAGGAAGCAAUGAACUCUUGGAAUAUCUAAAAACUCUGGAACCUCAAAAUUUAAAGGAACUGGCUAGUAGUGCUGGCGAGGACGUUGUAUUUGCCAUGAAUGAAUUCAUAAAGCGUCUUCUGGCCGUGUCUGACCCUGCACAAAUGAAGACGGCAGUUUCGGAAACAAGCGGUACUCAGCUAGCCAACUUGCUGUUCUGGCUGAUGAUUGUUGGGUACAGCAUGCGCAACAUUGAGGUGCGCUUUGACAUGGAAAGAGUUCUUGGUGCUCCCCCAAGCCCAAAGAUAGGCGAGCUGCCACCGGGUCCUGGAGACAACACGCAAACACAAUAGCUAGCUUGCUUGCUGGAGUUUGAUUAGUUUGAUCUGAGAUGUACGGAGUAUUUUUGUGUGUAUGGACUUUGUUUUAUUUUAGAGGAUCACUAGGCCCCUACACACUGCUAUUCAGCAGGAGUUUACACUACCCCUUAUCAUAUAUUUUUGGGGAAUACACGCACUCGACAAAUACGAAUGAUUGCCAAAAUGCUCUUGCAAACAUGUUGUCAAAAAUGCCCUUCCAAACAUGUGUAGUAGGCCAGAUUUGUCCUUGAGCCGUUAAACGUAA